GCCAUUCAAGAAACAAGCUCUGAAGAGUUGUACUACAUAGUAGUUUGUACAUGGAAUCUGAUCCUCGUUGCUAGAAAACUCGAAGGUGAACCCAUUGGCGCUCCGCCCCCUCUCUCAAGAUGGCAGAAGGGGGGGGAAAGCAGAAGCAUGGCAAGGGCCGGGGCCCCGCCCCUGUGAUUGCAGACCCUCGCUUUGCCAAACUGCACAGCGACCCCCGCUUUCAGAGGAUCCCGCGUGGCCAGCAGAAGGUGGCCAUCGAUCCCCGUUUUGAGGCAAUGUUCAAGGACCCUGCCUUUCAGACCAAGUUUGUGGUCGACAAGCGGGGUAGGAAGAAGAAGGGCCAGGAUGCGGAUAAUCUGGAGAAGUAUUAUCGGUUGGAGAAGGGAGAGACGAAAGGUCGGAAGAAGGGUGAGGAGGAGGAAAGCAAAGAUGAGGAGGUGGUUGUAGCAGAGGGCGAUGAGGCUCUUCCUAACCAGGAGAACUUGGUCAAGAAGGGGUUUAGAACUGAUCAGCGACGGCCCAAAAAGGGCGCCACGGAAAGUAAGGUGGAGAAUGCUGUGCCACAGAAGCGGAGCGGCAGAAAGUUGCGCGAGGAGAGCGAUGAGGAUGAGAAAGACGGGGGGAGUGAAUUUGAAAACGAUAGCGAUUCUGAGAGUGGUACGGAUUCAGAAGCGGGACCCGGCGACCGGGAUGUACUGAGGGAAGGUUUUGGGAGCGACGAGAGUUCGUCGUCAGAGGAUGAUGAGGAGAGCGAGCUGGAAGAUGAGGCUGAAGACAAGUGGGAGGAACCUGAGAAAGUGCCUACGAGCGCCGAGGAGACCCGGAGGCUCGCGAUUGUCAAUCUGGACUGGGAGUACAUCAGGGCAGUCGACAUUCUAGUGAUGCUCAAGUCAUUCCUCCCCGAGAGUGGUUCUAUCGAGUCGGUCACGGUCUACCCCUCCGAUUUCGGGCUUGAGCGGAUGAAAGAGGAGGAAGUCAAGGGGCCACAGCCGUUGUGGGGUGGGGACGCAUCGGAGGAGGACGAUGAUGAGAGCGAUGAGGACGGCGCGGGGGUGAACAUGGAAAAGUUGCGGGAGUACGAGAAGUCGAAGCUGAAGUACUACUACGCCGUCGUUUCCUGCGACGCCCCCGCCACCGCGGCCGCGCUCUACGCCCAGUGCGACGGCCUCGAGUUCGAAAAGUCGUCAAACAAGCUCGACCUGCGGUUCGUACCGGAUGCUAUGAGCUUCGACGAACGUCCGAAACGAGACACCGCGACGGCCGUACCGUCCGAUUACGCGGCGCCCGACUUCGAGACGCGCGCGCUGCAGCACAGCAACGUCAAGCUCACGUGGGACGAGGAUGAACCCGCGCGGCGCAAGACGCUCCGGCGCAAGUUCGGCAAGGAGGAGGUUGACAAUAUGGACUUCCACGCCUACAUGGCUUCGAGCGACAGCGACUCCGACGAAGAAGGCUCAGACGCCGAGCCCAGCGCUGCGGAUCGGGGGGGUCAGAACGGCAGCGGAGAGGUCCCCCCGGAGGACGACAAGAAGGCGGCGAAACUAGAGAAGCGAGAGAAGGAGCGGGAACGGCUGAGGGCGCUCCUGCUUGGGGAUGUGAUGAAGACGGGAACGAAGGGAGGGGGUGAAGAUGGGAGUGAGGAUGAGGACGAAGAGAUGGAGAUUACGUUCAAUACGGGGCUGAACGACCUAGGGGAAAAGCUGGAGCAGAAGAGGAAAGAGAAAGAGCAGCUGAAGAACGAGACCACAUGGGAGGCCUACCUCCGGAAGAAGAAGGAGCGGCGGAAGGGCCGGAAGAAGGGCCCGGCAACGGACGGCGGAGACGAGUCGGACGCCUCCAUCGACGACCCAGACGGCUUCUUCCAGCACGACGAGAACCCGUUCGACGACCCCUUCUUCGCGGACGACAAGCCGGCGAAUGGAAAAGCGCCACGUGGCAAGGCUGAAAAGGGCGACAAAAAGACGGAACGAGAACUAGAGCGGGAGAAGAAACGGGAGGAGGCGGAGGCGGCGAAGCGGGACGAGGCGCGGCGAAAGGCGGACCUCGAGCUGCUGAUGAUGGACGACGACCUGGCGUUAGCGGGGCGGUUAGGGGGCGGGUUAGAAGCGAAACCCGCGGGGUACAAUCUGAAGGCGGAGCGGCGGAAGGAGAAAGAAAAGCUAAGGAAGAAGAAGAAGGGGGAGCGAGUGGAUGAGGACGCGAUUGAAGACGAGCAAGCGGCGGAGGGCGCGAAGGUCGACUUCGAGGACCCGCGCUUUGGGGCGCUGUUCUCGUCGCACCACUUUGCGAUCGACCCGACAGAUCCGCGCUUCAGCAAGUCCGCUGGACAAAUGGAGGUCCUAGCUGAAAAGCAGCGACGGCGUAUGCAAGACCUGCAAAAACAGCGGCAACUUAGUGGCGACAACGAAAGAGUGGUGACGGCCGACGAAUCCGCUCCAGUUAGGAAGCAGCCAAAGGCGGAGCUCAGCUCCUUGGUCAAGUCGCUGAAGCGGAAGGUGGAAGCUAAAGCUACAAAGGAGAGCCGAAACAAGGAGACAAAGCGGACGAAAGCGACGCCGUUUUAGGUGCAUGCAUAUUAUUCGAAUGCUUGAUUUCAAUUGGCAUGCGGUAAGUGACCACGUUUCGGUUGUGUCGUGCG